AUGGAGUCGGUUGACCAUUUAUUUACGGGUUGUCCGGUAUUUAUGGAGGUGUGGCAAUUGGUGUUUUCUUGGUGUCAAGUGCCGCAUUUCUUCGCGUUCCAUGUUCGGGAUUUGCUUUGUUUACACUUGACUGCUAAGAGUAGUACUCGUGCUAAAAAAUCGUUCUAUGGGGUUAUUUUAACGGCAUUUUGGAGUAUUUGGAAAGCUAGGAAUGAUCACAUUUUCAAUCAAAAGGAGGUGUCGGUCAGGAGAAUCAUGGAAGAGAUAAAGGUCAUCAGCUAUUUGUGGAUUACUAAACGCGGUAGGAUGACGGACAUGACUUGGGAUUCUUGGGGUAAACACAAGAAACAAUCCACAAGUAGGUUAGUCAGUGAAACAAAUGUUAGCAAAGAGUAUCUAGAUGUAUUUAGGACCAAAUCUUACAUAGAUAUUUGCCACAAAGUUCAAAGCCACAUAGGCUUGGACAAUGAAUCAUCUUCAUCGUGUGAUCGUUACAUUCGCCAGUUUGAUAUCCUAUGCGAACCCGAAAAAGAAACCAUGGCUAACUUAGCCAAGACCUUUGACAUGCACUGUUUGAUCCUUGAUUUUUUAAAUGCUGGAUUAGAAUCAUGGAAGAUAUGUGAAAAACUUCUUGGAUCUGUCCAUCAAGCAAAAUCCAAUUAUCAUAGAAUCAAAAGGGUCAUCAAGGUAGCCGAAAGGGUCCCAAAAGAUGAUCAACAUGUUGAAGUAUAUAAAGAGUUAGCCUUGUAUUCAUCGUUGGCGAACCCCCUAUCGGAUUUCAGUCCAGAGAAGUUCCCCAAAAUGCACCACCAUCUUAAUCCGUUGCUAAAGAGGUUAACCACUCAUCGCACAAGGAUAAAAAGAAAGCGAAAACUUAUCAUAUGUUUGAAAAAGGGUGUUGGUUGUGCACUUGUAGCUUCUUAUAGCGUGUUAGUUCUUGCACUUCUAGUUCUUGCACUUCAUGGGUUGGUUGGGAUUGUAACAUCUUCAGGAUUGUUCGCUUGUUCAUUAGGUUUAACCAACAAGGCAAAGAUGACCCAUAAAGGUCUAAAUACGGGUGAGCUUAAACGAGUUAGUGUGUUACUAGAUGUGGCUGCUAAAGGGAUUUACACAUUGAUAAAAGACUUUGAUACAAUUGGUUCACUAGCCGGAAGAUUACACAAUGAAGUUGAAUUCGGGAGGGCAGUAGCUCGUAAUUGUGUUGGAAAUCUAAAGUCCGACACGUUAGAGGAAGUGAUGAAGGAGUUUAGGGUUCACGAGAGUCGCUUCAUGGAGCAGAUGGAAGAAUUGAAGGAUCAUGUAUACUUGUGUUUGCUCAAUGUUAAUAGAUCAAGAAGGGCCCUUGUGGAAGAGAUGGUGCCUUGUACUUAG